GUGUUGUUAAAAUUGCAAUUAUUCCAUUUGUUACCAGCUCCGAAGCCCGAAAGCUGCACGACACCACCAUUUAGAUCUAAACAACUGCUAACUCCCGGAAUCCGGCAUCAUGGGGUCUCUGUUCCGUAGCGAGGAGAUGUCCCUCUGCCAGCUGUUUCUGCAGAGUGAGGCUGCUUACGCGUGUGUGUCAGAGUUGGGCGAGUUAGGGUUGGUCCAGUUUCGCGAUCUCAAUCCGGACGUCAACGCGUUCCAGCGUAAGUUCGUCAAUGAGGUGCGCCGCUGUGACGAGAUGGAGCGCAAGUUGCGCUACCUUGAGAAGGAAAUAAAAAAAGAUGGCAUUCCUAUGCUGGACACUGGCGAGAGCCCCGAAGCACCGCAACCAAGGGAGAUGAUCGAUCUGGAGGCAACGUUCGAAAAACUGGAGAAUGAGUUGCGCGAAGUGAAUCAAAAUGCGGAAGCACUGAAGCGCAACUAUCUCGAGCUGACGGAGCUGAAGCACAUCCUGCGUAAGACUCAGGUCUUCUUUGACGAGGCCGUAUAUACUGGAAAUGUACCUAAUAAGACAAGAAACCGCUAUCAACAGAUGGCGGAUUCGCACAGGGAAGAGGAGCAGGUUAAUCUUCUUGGUGAGGAGGGCAUACGUGCAGGUGGUGCCGGGGCACAGGGACAAAAUCUAAAACUAGGCUUUGUUGCCGGAGUGAUCCUGCGUGAACGUUUGCCGGCAUUCGAACGUAUGCUGUGGCGUGCUUGCCGGGGCAAUGUGUUCCUUCGACAGGCGAUGAUCGAAGAUCCGCUCGAGGACCCAUCGACCGGAGACAAGGUGUACAAGUCGGUGUUCAUCAUCUUCUUCCAAGGUGAUCAGCUGAAGACGCGUGUAAAGAAAAUCUGCGAAGGUUUCCGCGCCACGCUCUACCCAUGCCCCGAGGCGCCGACCGAUCGCCGCGAGAUGGCGAUGGGCGUGAUGACACGCAUCGAGGAUUUGCACACCGUGCUCGGCCAAACGCAAGACCAUCGUCACCGGGUGCUGGUCGCGGCGGCCAAAAAUUUGAAGAACUGGUUUGUGAAGGUGCGCAAGAUUAAAGCCAUCUACCACACGCUGAACUUGUUCAAUUUGGACGUCACGCAGAAGUGUUUGAUCGCGGAAUGCUGGGUUCCGCUGCUGGACUUUGAAACGAUUCAAAUCGCGCUGCGGCGUGGUACCGAGCGGUCCGGAUCGUCCGUUCCCCCGAUCUUGAACCGUAUGGAAACGUUUGAAGAUCCACCAACGUACAACCGGACAAAUAAAUUUACGCACGCGUUCCAGGCGCUGAUCAACGCGUACGGUGUUGCUAGCUAUCGCGAAAUGAACCCGGCACCGUACACCAUCAUCACCUUCCCGUUCUUGUUUGCGGUGAUGUUUGGCGAUCUUGGACAUGGCACGAUCAUGGCUCUGUUCGGUUUGUGGAUGGUGCUAAAAGAGAAGCCACUGGCGGCGAAGAAAUCGGACAACGAAAUUUGGAACAUUUUCUUUGGCGGUCGGUAUAUCAUCUUCCUGAUGGGCGUAUUUUCGAUGUACACGGGCUUCGUGUACAAUGACAUCUUCUCAAAGUCACUGAACGUGUUCGGUUCGGCAUGGUCCAUCAACUACAACACCUCGACCGUGAUGACCAACAAAGCGCUGCAGCUUGAUCCGGCUGGUAAAGAUUACGUCCAAACGCCGUACCCGAUUGGGCUCGAUCCGGUCUGGCAGGUGGCCCCGUUGAACAAGAUCAUCUUCCAGAACGCGUACAAGAUGAAGAUAUCGAUCAUUUUCGGCGUCAUUCACAUGCUGUUCGGUGUGUUUGUGGGUCUGUUCAACCAUCGCUACUUUAAGAACAAGAUGGCGAUCUACUGCGAGUUCAUCCCGCAGGUGAUCUUCCUGGUGUUUUUGUUCUUCUACAUGACGCUGCUAAUGUUUAUCAAGUGGGUGAAAUAUUCGGCGGCAAAUGAUGUGCCCCAUUCGGCCGGCUGUGCUCCAUCGAUCUUGAUCACGUUCAUCAAUAUGGUGCUGUUUAAGGCACCGGAUGAAAGUACUGGCGAUUGCUCUCCGUUUAUGUUUGCCGGACAGCAGGGAUUGCAAAAGUUCCUCGUCGUCGUGGCACUUCUCUGCGUACCGUGGAUGUUGCUCGCGAAGCCCAUUCUGAUUAUGCGCAGCCGUAAGGAAGCAGCCCAUCAACCAAUCACACCAUACAGCAAUGAAAAUGGUGACGCCGACGGAUUAAAUCAACACAACAACGCUGUUGGAACACAGGGAGGACAACAGCCGCCUGCACAACAGCAACAGCAGGGCGGUGGCCAUGGACACGACAAUGAAGAAAUGUCCGAGAUCUUCAUACACCAGGGUAUCCACACGAUCGAGUACGUCCUCGGAUCCGUAUCGCAUACCGCGUCGUACCUUCGUCUGUGGGCUUUGUCGUUGGCCCAUGCACAACUUGCGGAAGUGUUGUGGAACAUGGUGCUGCAAAAUGGGCUGAAGCAGGACGGUUGGAUCGGUGGCAUUGCUUUGUGGGCCGUGUUUGCGUUCUGGGCUGUGCUGACCGUGGGUAUUCUUGUGCUGAUGGAAGGUCUUUCGGCAUUCUUGCACACUCUUCGUUUGCACUGGGUGGAGUUCCAGAGUAAGUUCUACGCUGGACUUGGUUACGCUUUCCAACCGUUCUCGUUCGAGGUCAUCCUUGAUGCGAGCUCCAGCUCGACGGAAGACUAAAGU